UCCGUGUUAAUAUUCUACAUGGACUGGUGCAUAUCUGUUACUAAUUCAUCUCCCUUCUAUUCUCUGCUCUUUCUUAUAAUUUAACGCAAGUAACAAUAUAAUAAAGUGUACAGUUUCAUGUGAUUACAAGCCGUUCAGCUUAAACAAUGUCUCAUUCUUUUAAACUCUGUUUUUAACAAUAACCAUUUCUUUACCUUUUUUUUUCUUUAAAGCCUAUCGUUAUGCUCGGCAUUCUCAAGGUUGCGUUGAAAACUUUAAGUCGAAUGUUCAUUGGAUAUGCUAAAUACGCUAUUUAAUACUUGAUUGGCACUGUAAUUUAUGGAUAUUUCUCUUUUUUCUCCUAUUUUUGUUUUUAUUUUUAUUUUUAUUAUAGACAUUCCUUUGACACACUAUGUUGACACAACAAAAUGAUGUAGAAGAUGUCAGUAUACUUCAGAAAAAAUACGAAAGCAUGUCCUUUGAUGAAAUGUCAAGACACUUAGCAGAAAGCAAUAAACAAAUAUUAGAAAUGUUCAGUGCAACUACUUCUACUACAUCCAUUUGUUCACAACAACAACAAGAAGAAGACCCAGAAAAGAAAUAUACAGCAUUAUUUGCACGAUCAGCAUCGAACGGUGACGUUGAAAAAGUCAAGUCCAUGUUGGCUGAUGCAUCCAUUCGACCUUUAAUUGAUGUCAAUGCACUCGACCAAGACGGAACACCGCCUUUGAUUUAUGCUGCAUGCUUUGGAAAGACUGAGAUUGCCAAAAUCUUAAUUGGAGCAGGUGCACAGAUAAAUGCUCAAGAUAGUUUUGGCUGGACAGCAUUGAUGUGGGCUACCAACAAUAACCAUGAAGCCUUAGUCAAGAUUUUAUUAGAACAAGGCGCUUCCUCACAAACAAGAUCAGCUAAAGGCAGAACUGUGUUUGAUUUUGUCAAUACAGACAACCAGAAAAUAAUUGAUAUUUUGGCCACAAAUCCUCGGGACAGUGUUUCGUCUACCUCUAGUUUGCUCUACAGGACAAACAGCAGUGUCUCGAGUGGAUCAAGCACAGGCGAUAAUGACUUUUAUUAUGAUCCAUUCAUGUCUGAAGAACCAGAACUAAAGAAAAAAUUGUUUGAAUCUACAAUGGCACUUACCUUAGAGACUAUCGAUGACAAUGAACCCUACACUGUAUUUCACUGGGACAAAUGUUCGCCUGAUCAGAUGUUUGUGUUUCGUUCAGACGAUUUAGACCAUAUUCUGGAUACAGUCAUUACUCAUAUUCAGCUACCAUUGACAAACCAACAAGAUAUUCAUGUUCCUGCCAAUGUCAUAUUUUUAACCGCCAGAUUUGCUCAUUAUUUCUCAAGUCCUGAAUUAUUAGAACAAGUGUUGGACAGUGCAUUGAGCCGCAUGAACAAAGCAGUGAAGACAAACACACACAACAUUCACUUACUAGCUUUCUGGAUGACAAAUUUAACCCAACUUUUGUUUUAUUUAAAAAAGGACACUGGCUUAAUUGUAGCCACAGCCAUGCAACAAUUAGCCAUUUCAGAACUGAUUUCAGAAACAUACACCAUGAUCAUUCAAGAUACAGAAAAACGACUGACUCAAUUAUUGCCUGCCAUGCUGUAUUAUGAAGCCAUUUCUGGUAUGAAUCAAGUGAAUUUUGCUGAUGAUUGGCAUCGUUUCUUUCGAAGGUCCAUGGUGAUUGAAGGUAAUACGGCCAUAUCGCCUCACUCGAUUACCAGUUUGCUGUCUUCCAUUUUGUUCGUGUUUGAUUCGUACCAUGUUCAUCCGAUCAUUGUGGUUCAAGUGUUGGCUCAAUGCUUGCAUUUCAUGUCUUGCGAAAUAUUCAAUUGUAUCUUGACUAAUAAGAAGCUACUGUGUCGUUCUAAAGCCAUGCAAAUCCGAAUGAAUUUCUCUCACUUGGAAGAUUGGAUGGCAAAGAAUCACCUGCCUACUCGUUUAUUGGCCUAUCUGAAGCCUAUUGUUCAACUACUUCAAUUGUUACAGUGUAUUACUCAUCUUAAGGACCUCAUGGAUUUUAUCAACACAACUAAGGCAUUUGAUACAUUAAAUGCAUCUCAAAUCAAACGCUGUGUUUUGUCUUACCGCUAUGAAGUCAAUGAAGAUCAUAUUCCUGAAGAAAUUGAGAAAUAUGCUAUGCAAUGCGCUGAAGAUAUUGCUCGGUAUCAACAAAAGUCAAGGCAGUCUAUCUCUUUAAAACGACAGAGUAUGGUAUUGAUAGUGAAUGAUGAUGAAGACACGGACACAAAGGAAACAAAGGACUCCAAGCUUAUGUUGCCGUUCUCUGUUCCUACUACUGCACAUAUGAACAAUACUUCUCAUGAAGAAAACAUACCCAUCAUCCCAGAAGAAUGGAUGGAAAAAUUAGAUAUACAGCAAGCCUCUCCAUCUGUGUAGCAUUAUUUUCUGUAUAUUUCUUUCAACCAGCAUGUGUACAAUAGAUUAUUCUUAUAUAAACCUUCUCAUCAUUCACUCCAGCCACUUAGUUGAGUUAUCCAUUCAGCGAAUUCAAACAUAUCCUUUGUGACAAAUUCAAUAAACAACUUGCAUAAAAAAA